AUGAGCGACACCGAGACUGUCCCAGAGAAUGGGGCGCCCUGGCUAUCAGCUCCUGAAGACAUCCCUCACGACACUCGUCAGGUCAACAUCAUCGUUUCCGCCAGCGUCUGCUGGGUCAUUGCUGCGUUCUUUGUCAGCCUGAGAUUCUACACAAGAGGAGUCAUUAUCCAUGUUCUCAGCUGGUCUGAUUGGUGUAUUUUACUGGCGUUGAUCUUUGCUGGAGCGACAUGUGCGGGACUAAUAGACCAAGCUAUUCAUGGCUCCGGCCGACACGUCUGGGACCUUGAUUCCACCGACACUGACGGCGCCAUCGCGUGGUCGAGGGCGGCCUGGUACAGUAUUCUUUUUUACCAUCUAACUCUCAGCUUCUCGAAGCUCUCCAUUCUUUUGCUCUACAUCCACAUCUUCGCCUUCAAAUGGGCGCGCAAAGCGGGCAUCGUGCUGCUCGUCGUCGUACUGAUCGUCAGCGUAUACAUGAUGCUAUGCACGUUCACGGCUUGCAUCCCCUUGCAUUCGUACUGGGAUUUUCGUUACACAGGAAAGAAAUACUGCCAUCCGCAGUCGAUUUGGUGGUCGAAUACAGGGUUGCAUAUGGUCACGGACUUCUUGAUCUUCAUGCUGCCCAUGCCGGUUGUCUGGACAAUUAAACUGCCUCGCCGACAAAAAGUCAUUCUCUCUUUUGUCUUCGGAUUCGGCUUCUUAGUCUGCUUCAUCUCCAUCCUUCGUCUCCUCAAGCUCAUCAAGAUGCACACCCGCCCCGACCCAGACUGGACAUACUGGGCUGCCUCUCUCUCUUACCUCACCGCAGUCGAAGUCAAUUCAGCAAUUAUCUGUGCUUCGGUCAUGACACUCAAACCGCUCCUUGCCAAGUUCUGGCCCCGUCUGCUCAGCAGCAAUCCCUACAGUGAUUCCUCCUCCAACUCUGGCGGCGUACGUAAUCGCUACCGCGGUUCAAUCGGGCCCGGUGGCCCACCGACGAUCGGGAGCAAGCCGUCCAAGGUGAUGAGGUUGAGUCCCGUGGAUGAGAUGAUGGUUAGUAUUGAGCGGAGUGCUACAGGAGGGGGGAAGAAAGGAAGAGGUUAUGUUGAGUUGGAAGAUAAUGGGAGUAGUACGUGGAAUGUGGAUGUGGAGCAACUUGAGCUGACAGAGAGGGGACGGACAUCGGGAAAUGCGGAGAGAGGGAAUAGCAGGUUAAGUGUGAAACGGGGGAAAGUCAGGGUUGAUAGAGAAGUGAAGAUUGAGGUUGAGGUUGUGGCGCGGGGGGCGGCGUUAUAA